CCCCAACAGUGAUUUUAGUAAUUAAUUGUGAUAUACACAUGUGUAUAUAUAUAAUUGUACAGUACUUAGCUUAGUAAAAAAGGAGAAUAAUUAUGUUUAAAAUAAUUGUGCCUUUGUUAACGAAAAACUCGUGCAGAGAUAACGCGAAUUUGCGGACCGCAUGUUGUGUUAAAAAUUUUCUAAUUUCACCAGAAACGCAUAGGAAAAAAACCACAUUGUCGGUGAAUAAUUUUACUCAACGACGCCAUUUUCUUUUUUCGUCGACCAACAGAAAAACUAUCGCAGCUUUUCCAACAUAUCCCCAACAACAAUUAGGAGUUAGUAACCGCUUAGGACAACACCUAGAGCUCCUUUCCACAAAUCGCCAACGGAGAUUAUAUUGCUCUAGCAUCAGACAAGAGGAAGCGGACAAUAUUACAACUACUACUAAUUCCAGGGAAAAGCAGCUGACCUCAUCAGAGUUGGGAACAACAUCCAAAAGACAGGACUCAAAAGCAACAUCUGCAAACUAUAGAAAACAACAACAAACCUUAUUUGAAGACUCAGACGAAGAAGAAUUUUAUAAAAUGGCUCCUCAUGAUAGAACUUAUGGCAGUGGCAGUCGCGGAGGCCGUGACGACCGUGGUGGACGUGCAGAAGGAGGAGGAGAACGUUAUGGCAGCCGUUCAUCUGGUGGUGGCCGCAGUGGUGAUUACCAUGGCGUAAGCAAAGGCCGUAUCGAGAAAGGAGGUCGCGGAAAUGACCGUGGUGGUCGUGGUUUUGGCGGCGGUGGCUUUGGUGGAGGUUCUGGUUUCGGUGGCGGUGAUCGUCGUGGAGGUGGUGGUGGCAACACUCAAGAUUUAUCUAUUCGCCCAAUGGAUUUCUCCAAUUUGACUCCGUUCAAAAAAGAUUUCUACAAAGAACAUCCCUUGGUCGCCAAUCGUUCUUAUGGCGAAGUUCAACGUUAUCGCGAUGAACAUGAAAUCACCGUACGCGGCAAUGCUCCCAAUCCCAUUCAGGAUUUCAGUGAAGCCUAUUUCCCCGAUUAUGUCACCAAGGAAAUCCGUCGCCAAGGCUACAAAUCACCCACUCCCAUUCAAGCUCAAGGCUGGCCCAUUGCCAUGAGCGGCAAUAAUUUGGUUGGUAUUGCCAAAACCGGUUCCGGCAAAACUUUGGGUUAUAUCUUGCCCGCUAUUGUACACAUAAAUAACCAACAGCCCCUGCAGCGUGGUGAUGGUCCCAUUGCUUUGGUUUUGGCACCCACCCGUGAAUUGGCCCAACAAAUUCAGCAAGUGGCCACCGAAUUUGGAUCGUCAUCGUAUGUACGCAACACUUGCGUAUUUGGCGGUGCGCCCAAAGGCGGUCAGAUGCGUGAUCUGCAACGUGGUUGCGAAAUUGUUAUUGCCACACCGGGACGUUUAAUUGAUUUUCUUGCCGCCGGCGCCACCAAUUUGAAACGUUGCACAUACUUGGUUUUGGAUGAAGCCGAUCGUAUGUUGGAUAUGGGUUUUGAACCACAAAUCCGUAAGAUUGUCUCACAAAUUCGCCCAGAUCGUCAAACGCUUAUGUGGUCCGCCACCUGGCCCAAGGAAGUGAAACAACUGGCCGAAGAUUUCCUCGGCAAUUAUAUGCAAAUCAACAUUGGCUCAUUGGAAUUGUCGGCUAAUCAUAACAUUCGUCAAGUUAUCGAUGUAUGUGAGGAAAAUGACAAAGAAGAAAAACUUAAAGCUUUACUUUCGGAAAUCUAUGACACCAGCGAGAAUCCCGGCAAAAUUAUUAUUUUUGUUGAAACAAAACGUCGCGUCGAUCAUUUGGUACGUUUCAUUCGUAGCUUUGGUGUACGUUGCGGUGCUAUCCAUGGUGACAAAUCACAAUCAGAACGUGAUUUUGUGUUACGUGAAUUCCGUACAGGCAAAUCAAAUAUUUUGGUAGCAACUGAUGUUGCUGCCCGUGGCUUGGAGGCCAUAAAUAAUUGCAUGGUGGGGAUAAAAUGUCAGCUAAAAAUCUGAUAAAUGAAAAAGAUAAUGUAUCUGAAAUGAUUGAAAGCAAUAUGGAUAAUUGUUGUUUAUAACAAAUAUUGCCAAGAGAAAUUUCAUUGAUAUUCUCUCUCUCUCUCUCUCUCUCUCCAUCUCUCUCGAGUAGAGUAGAGUCGAGUCGAGUCUUGUCGUGUUUCGUUCGCGCGUUCGUUGUAAUGUGAAGUGAAUGAAUGGAAGCGGCGGCAACGGAGAAGCGGCAACACUUUUUUACCACAAUGGCCAUUGGAAAAAAGGGUAUGUCGUGCAACCGUCUCACCACCGCUGUACCACAAAAAAGCACGUCUAAAAGGAGGAGGUAUAUUUGCAAAGAGUAAACAAACUAAAAACAAUACAAAUGUUACGCUCUGGUUAUCUAUCACACGCAAGUUAAUAUGGUUUUGAGAUGGUUGGUGUUGUCAGUCAAUUAUCAGCACACAGAGCGUAACACUACACAACAUCCAUGUGUUGUUACAACAAUAAAGACAACAUCACAGAAAAAAUAUACCACCACCUUGAGAGAAUCCGCGUGUAAAUGUGAAUGAAAAAUAAAAUUAACAAAACGAGUCUCGUCAUAUAUCCCUAUCAUCAAGCAAGCAUGUAAUUCUGUGCAUAAGAGGCCUCUGCUGUUAAAUUUGGGAGCACAAAUUGGUGUUGAGGAAGAACAACAAAGAGAAAUACAUACUUUUAAAUACAAACAUACAAUAAUCAUAAUAAUAAUAAUAAUAACAAUAACGAUAUAAUAAUUAAUGACAGUUAUGAAAAUUGAAAAGCAAAUUUAAUGAUAAUAAUAACAAUAAACUCUCGGAAAAGCAAAAGUAAAUGUGGGGACACACGUGCAGCAGCAGCAGGUUAUCCUAUAUAAACUAUCUCACCAACAAACGGAGUGCAUUGUGCAGGAGUUCAAGUCAAUCAAUCGUUUUCAAUUCCAAAGUGCAAAGGGGUGAUGGUGGUGGUUUGGAAAUAAAUUUUGUCAUAGAUCACUCACUCAUUUGAUUCUUACCAACCAACAACCAUCCCAUUGGCGCCCCACCCCAACUCUCUGGCAAAUGCUCUCCGGAUAGCUACAGUUGGAUAUGCAGGCAUCUAUAUCUACUUCCUAUCACAAAAAUACUCUUGUCAGUAGUCACAGUGUGUAUGUGUUCUUCUCUUAUAUACAACAUAAGCUGGAUCAUUGUAACUGGUGAUGAUUUGGUUUAGUCCAGAAGGAAACAAACAUGUUGGAGAGACGUACCCCAAGUGUGUGGUGGCUUCGUAUAACAAAUGUUGAAAAGCUGUUAAUUGUGGACAUCAAAAAAGACGGCAGACAUCAUCAUUUGGUUUUACGUCCU